UUAGGUUGUCUUUGCCAAAAAAAUAUGUUUUAUAAAUGGUCCUAGAUCAUAUUGACACCUGUGCUUCUAGUAUUUGAUUUAUGAAGUUAUUGGCUGUGUUGUGUAUUGUUGGCAGUGUGAGAAAACAGUGUUAAAUGGUGUAAUUAACGAUGUUAACUUUGGUUAUGACGUUUACUACGUUUCUCGCAUGUGUGCGUGUGUAUUCAUCGUGACAGCUUUGCCGUUGAUUGUUGAAGCGAAUCUCGUAACGGGAGAUUUGUUAGGAAGCUUGUUUGGAAUUAUAAAUACAGCGCACGUUAAGCCGUGAAAAAGAUCAGAGGAAACAAGAUGGCGGCUGAGAUUGCGCGCCAAAACACGCGCGCGAGGCGCCAUCUGUCACCGCGCGAUAACUGUUUCCGCACUUUAAAUUGUUUGGACCGUUCGAAAUAGUUCUUACAUGUGAUACGAUAGUGACGUUUUUAGCUGUGUUUCUCGUGAUGUGAUAGUGCUUUAGUGAGUUUUGUGUUGUUGUGACGAUGUCGGAGGAGAGGUCGCGGCGACUGUCGCAGAUCUUCGACCCACUGUCGAGGUUUACUGACCACAGUGGGGCGGGGCAAUCUGCGAGUACUCCGAACAGCCCGCGGCUUUUGCCCAGGCGUUCGAGGGAUCCCCCGCCACCACCGCCUAGGCCCUUUGCCCAUUCUUCUCGACUGGAUCCCUUAGAGUAUGAACUUGCGGCAGCGGACCUAGAAUCUGUUAACUGGCAGGAGCGGUGCUUGGAGUUGCAGCUAGAGCUACACAGGAGUCGACAUCAGGCCACCAGGGUACGAGACAUGCUGAGAGAUAAGCUUUCGGAGCUCGAGCAACGAGUUCUGGAAGCCGAAGGAAGAGCGGAGGAAGCGGAAGAUAAGGUCCGCGCCAUGGAGCAGCGGCUGUGCGAGUGGCCGGCUGGCGCUGAAGGGGCGCCGAAGGCCAUCACGCGACUUGAAGGCCAAAUUGAAGAACAGAAGCAGCUGCGACUCCAAGACGCGAAACAAGUUGAGGCAAAGGCCGCACGAAUAAAGGAGUGGGUGACAAACAAGCUUAAAGAACUAGAGCAACAGAACCAAUUGCUGAGGGAACAAAACGACCGCUGCAAUCAGCAGCUGGAAUUACUUAGGAAUCACAUUGCAGCGCAGGGAAGCAGAAAUUGUGCUGAAGUUACACUGAAAAAAUAUGCAGACUUAAAAAGGAUAAAGCUGCCAAUAACAUCAUCGGAACCCCAUUACAGUACCCCAGUGAGACACAGACGAAAUCUAUCGAUUGGAACGACAAAUUUAACUCAAACAACUGCCAAUAGUCAAUUGAACACAAUGAAUCGAACCAUGGAUGAGAGGACCGCUGCCAGUCUGCUAGCUGAUGAUCUUGCAGCUGCAGUAGAAAAUUUAGUGGUACUACCAACAACACCAAAUACUUCAACAGACGGCGAUACCACACACGACUAUGCUGAAAUAUAUACACCAAGCCGAGAGCGCACGCCGGCGUGGCAGGGCGUGCACGUGGUGGUGCAGGGCACGAGUCGCGGCGGCUCGUCCACGGGCGACAGCUGCGUGUCCGACCAGCCGCGCCCCCCCACGCCCCCUCUGCAUCGCUUCCCCAGCUGGGAGGCAAAAAUAUACCAGGUGGCAGAUGACGGUCUCCAGCAGUCCGUGGAAGAGGAGUUGAGUCCACCUCCGUGUCCCCGGACCAUGCACGAAUCCACCAGUUACCAGGAUAUCUCGGUUCCAGUAUAUGCUACCGUUAAAGGGCGCGCAAGUCAAAUACGGUCGAUGCCUUUCACGGGCGAUUCAUCAGACGAUUCAUCCGAUGGUGAAGAAUCAAUGGGUGUGACAGUUCAUAAUACACCACAUCAUAACCCUCUUUAUGGUCAAACAUCUCAAAUGCCAAUGACGAUCAACAAUAUAAACUUAACCAGCAUCCUACCCGCCUCCAUACAACAAACUGCAGGUCCUCAUGGACUUGUUCUAAACAACACAAAUGGCCAAUGCAGCUCCUCCGAUACUAGUCUAAGCGCUAGCAGCCCUUCGAAAAGCGUGAAGACCAGUUCCAGCUUAAGUCCUGCCAAGAGAUCCAGUAGUGGAUCACCGAGUAAACAGAGUAAAACUAGAGACACGUCGUUCGAGUCGGGCAUGUCGGACGACUACGCCAUCCCGCCGGACGCCGUGUCGUGCGAGGGCGCGCGCGACUCGCCGCGCCGCCACGACGCGCUCGAGAAGAGCGGACACCUCGCCAAGCUGGGCGGGAAGCUCAAGACCUGGCGGAAGAGAUGGUUCGUGCUCAAAAACGGCACGCUAUCGUACUGGAAGUCUCAGUCGGAGGUGACCCGGAAGCCCCAGGGUCAGAUCGGGCUGGGCGAGGCGUGCAAGAUCUCUCGUAACGAGGGCGCCGCCACGUUCGAGAUAUUCACGGGCAGCCGCACCUACUACCUCACCGCAGACAGCAUCGCCACCAUGGAGGACUGGAUAAGAGUCUUACAAAAUGUCCAAAGACGAAACGCAACGAAACUGCUAUUAAGUAAGGAAGACAACAAGCCUACUAUACAGGGUUGGUUAACCAAAGUCAAGAACGGACACGCCAAGAAAAGCUGGUGCGUUUUACUGGGCAAGAUGUUCCUGUACUUCAAGAGUCCCGGAGAUCAGAACCCGACGGGGCAGAUCAACAUGCGGGACGCGCGCGUGGAGGACGUGGAGCACGUGUCGGACUCCGACUCGGAGGAGAAGGCGGACGACGCGCGCAACCUCACCGUGGCCAUCUACCCGCAGCACCAGCUCACCGGGGGCCCUACUUACCUCUUGUUCGAGAGCAAAGCGGACAAAGACUCGUGGCUCUACCACUUGACGGUUGUGAGCGGCGGUGGUCUCAGUCAAGGAACGCACUUCGAGCAACUCGUACAGAAACUUAUGGAAACUGAUGGCGAUCCGAAUUGUGUUCUGUGGAGGCAUCCUACAUUAUUGUAUUCCAAAGAAAACAUAACUUCACCACUCACAUCGCUAAAUUCAGAAGCAUUGCAAGCUGAAGCAUUAAAAUUAUUUAAAUGCGUGCAGCUGUUCAUGUCGGUGGCGGUGGAGCACGCCGGCAUCGACUACCACGUGGUGCUGGCGCAGAACGCGCUGCAGCAGUGCCUGGAGGUGGGCGAGCUGCAGGACGAGCUGGUGUCGGCGCUGUGCAAGCAGAGCACGCCGCACGCGGCCUCCAAGCACGGCGUGCAGGUAACCGCGCGCCGCCCCGCGCGCCCCGCGCGCCCCGCACGCCCCGCCCGCCCCGCGCGCGCCGCCCAACUGCUACUGUGCGCGACCCAGUCGUUGUUCACUUGCGACACGGGCGCGUCCUCAGUGGGCGGCGACAACAAGAGCGACCUCCCGCAGAACUCUGCCGGAUCGCCUAGCUCGAUACAGGCACCUUUACUCACAGUGGAUUGUAAGAGCAAUCCGCCUACGUAUAGUUUCGUUCAGGGCUGGCAACUAUUAGCACUAGCGGUCAGUUUGUUCGUACCGAGGAACAAUAGAUUAUUGUGGUACUUGAAGCUGCAUCUGAGCAGGCACGCUGACACCAAAACGGAAUGUGGUAAAUAUGCGGCAUAUUGUUCGCGCGCUUUGGAACGGACGAUCCGGAACGGCGGACGAACGGACCGGCCCUCCAGAAUGGAAGUGCUAUCUAUAUUGCUAAAGAAUCCCUACCACCACUGCCUACCACAUGCAAUACCUGUACAUGUGCUCAAUAAUACUUACCAGGUGGUAAGUUUUGACGGAUCGACAACGGUUGAAGAGUUCCUUACGACGCUGAGCACAGAACUAGGAUGCAGAGAACCGGCAGCGUCUGGUUUCGCUCUCUUCAGUGAUGACCCGAUAGAGAAGGACUUGGAACAUCAUAUCAAACCUGACAAGAAGUUGUGCGACGUAAUAUCAAAAUGGGAAACAGCGUUACGGGAGAAAGGAUCAGGAAAGUUCGAGAACUCUAGAGUAAUUAGGCUAACAUAUAGAAACCGCUUGUACUUCAAGAACUCUGUGCGAACGGAAACUGACAAGGAGAGGUUACUGCUCUGCUAUCAAGUUAAUCAACAAGUGGUGGCGGGCCGCUUCCCCGUGACGCGCGAGCUGGCGGCCGAGCUGGGCGCGCUCAUGGCGCAGCUCGACAUGGGCGACCACUGCGCCUCCAACACGCAGCACAACCAGCCGCUCGCGCACCGGUUCUACCCAUACCGGUACCGCGCCGGCCUCGGCAACGACGAGCUCAGAGACGUCGAAGAGAAACUCCGCUCUAAGUGGAUCGCGCUAAAGGGUCGCAGUACGGCGGAUUGCGUUAGAAUUUAUCUCAAUUGUACGAGGAAAUGGCCAUUUUUCGGUGCUACCUUAUUCCAAGCUAGGAUAAAACAGCCGGAUUUAUCAAUGGUGUGGCUCGCUGUAUCGGAGGAAGGAGUCACGGUACUAGAAUUAGCGUCCAUGGCAGUCAUAGGGAGAUAUGCGCUUAAUUCCAUUGGGCUGUUUGGUGGACUGCAGGACGAUCUAAUGAUGUUAAUCGACGCGGAGGACUCGAGUCCAGUUCAUAAGAUGCUAAUAAGUCUCAAUAAGCCAAAGAUGGCGGAGCUGACGCACCUGAUCGCGGACUACAAGAACGCGUCGCUGCGCGGCGGCUCGGGCACGCCGCAGAUGAGCUCGCUGACGCGCAACGGCUCGCACCGCUCGGCGCGCCGCACGCCGUCCACGCUGCCGCCCGCCGCCGACCGGCGCGCCACGCUCGCCUCGCACGCCAGCCUCGGCCUCGCCGCGCCCGACCUGCUGCGCGCCACGCCCGACCACCGC